AUGUCGCUCGUCGGCAACUUCACCACCAACACAGACCGCGAAGACCACCGGCACCAGUCUCGCGGCAAGCGCACGGGCGAACAGGACCAGACCUCGCUCUCCUCGUCGAACGAUGACCAGGCUACUCUCGAUGAGCAGCGACGGAUCUCGAUGGACGUGACCGGGCUCGCGAGGACGAUGAGUCGGCGCUCGCAGCCUGGGGACGUCGGAGGAGUCGAGGGCGACCCGUUGAGGCCGCAGGAAGGGAGCGUCUUCGACCCUUGGUCCGACAACUUCAAGCCAGAUCGUUGGGCGCGCGCCGUCUACGAUCUCUCGGCGAACGACCCGCACGCUGGACCUCGCAGGACUGGAGGCAUCGCUUUCGAGGACCUUGGGACGUACGGCUACGCAGCUGGAACCGAGUACCAGGCGACUGUGGGCAACAUGCCCCUCAAAGCCAUCGGCUGGCUCAAGGGUCUCCUCGGCGCCGGCAAGGGUCGCAAGGUCAAGAUCCUCCAGAACGUCGACGGCGUCCUCGAGAACGGCGAGACGCUCGUUGUACUCGGCCCGCCUGGUUCGGGCUGCUCGACGUUCCUCAAGACCCUCGCGAACGAGACACACGGCUUCUUCGUCGACGAGGGGUCCAAGAUCAACUACAAGGGCAUCACGCCGAAGCAGAUGCGCAAGAACUUUGGCGGCGAAGCGAUCUACUCCGCCGAGACCGAACAACACUUCCCCAUGCUCACCGUCGGCCAAACGCUCGAGUUUGCCGCCCAAGCCCGCGCACCUCGUCACCCUCCCGGCGGCCUCUCGCAGCGCGACUGGGCGAAACAGCUCGCGGCCGUUGUGAUGGCCAUCUUUGGCAUCAGCGACACGAAGGACGUCAAGGUCGGGAACGACUACAUCCGCGGCGUCUCGGGAGGACAGCGCAAGCGUGUCUCGAUCGCCGAAGUUGCUCUCGCAGGCGCACCUCUCGCUCUCUGGGACAACAGUACCCGUGGUCUCGACUCGGCGACGGCUGUCUCUUUCUGCCAGACGAUCAAGGCCUCCGCCGAGCUCACAGGCGGCGUCGCCUGCGUCGCGAUCUACCAAGCCCCUCAACCCGCCUACGAGUGCUUCUCCAGAGCAAUCGUCCUGUACGAAGGACGCUCGAUCUACUUUGGCCCAGCUUCAAAGGCCAAAGACUUCUGGGUCGCCCGAGGCUUCGAGUGCCCCGAACAGCAGACCGACCCCGAUUUCCUCACCGGUCUCACGUCGCCCGCCGAGCGCCGAGUCCGCAAGGGCUGGGAGAACCAGGUCCCCCGUACGCCGGAGGAGUUCGAGCGCAUCUGGAAGGACAGCGACGAGUACCGCGCUCUCAAGGCCGAGCUGGGGCAGUACGACCAGCGCUACCCGACGCACGGCGAAGAGCUCGAGACGUUCAAGGCGAGUCGGCGCGCGCAGCAAGCCAAGUCGGUUCGAGCAGGGUCGCCCUACACCCUUUCCUACGGCCAACAGAUCGCGCUCUGCCUCCGCCGCGGCUUCCAGCGACUCGCAGCCGACCCGUCUCUCACGUUCUUCCAGCUCUUCGGAAACUCCGUCAUGGCCCUAAUCGUCUCGAGCGUGUUCUUCAACCUCCAGCCCGUCACGACGUCCUUUUAUUCGAGGGGCUCGCUCCUCUUCUUUUCGGUUCUGCUCAACGCCUUCGGUUCCGCCCUCGAGAUCCUCACCCUCUACGCCCAACGCCCUAUCGUCGACAAGCAGGCGCGGUACCGGAUGAUCCAUCCGAGUGCUGAAGCGUUCGCGUCGAUGGCGACCGACAUGCCAUACAAGAUCCUCAACGCCAUUCUUUUCAACAUCAUUAUCUACUUCAUGUCGAACCUCCGACGCGAACCCGGCCACUUUUUCUUCUUCCUCCUCAUCUCGUUUUUCACGACGCUCGUCAUGUCCAUGUUCUUCCGCUCUAUCGCCGCCUUGUCGCGCUCGCUCUCGCAGGCGCUCGUACCAGCCGCACUACUUAUCCUCGCGCUUGUCUUGUACACCGGCUUUGCCAUCCCGACUCGCUACAUGCUCGGAUGGAUCUCGUGGAUCAGGUGGCUGAACCCCAUCCAAUACUCUUUCGAGGCGUUGAUGGUCAACGAGUUCAACGGGCGCGACUUUACCUGCAAUCAGGUCAUUCCCUCUGGCCCUGGCUACCCGUCGCUCGCGUCAGGCAACGCGGUUUGCGGCGUUGCUGGUUCUACGCCGGGCUCCUCGGUCGUCGACGGCACCACCUACCUCAACCAGACGUAUAGUUAUUACGCCUCGCACAAGUGGCGAAACUUUGGCGUUCUCUUCCCGUUCCUCUUCGGCCUCAUGGGCAUCUACCUCGCCGCGAGCGAGUGGAUCUCCGAGUCCAAAUCGAAAGGCGAAGUCAAGGUGUACCCUCGCACCCGCGUCCCGAAGCAUGACAAGGUAGGGAACGACGUCGAGGCAGGGGCUUCGACUCCGCAAGACUCGCGCAACGAAGACCCGGCCAAGGACGUCAACAUCCAGCGACAGACCGCCAUCUUUCACUGGGACGACCUCUGCUACGACAUUCCGGUCAAGGGCGGGACAAGGCGCUUGCUCGACCACGUUGAGGGGUGGGUCAAGCCCGGCACGCUGACGGCGCUCAUGGGCGUUUCGGGCGCCGGCAAGACGACUCUUCUCGACGUUCUCGCUUCCCGCGUUCGCAUGGGCGUCGUGACAGGCGACAUCCUCGUCGACGGAAUGCCCCGCACCGAAUCCUUCCAACGCAAGACCGGCUACGUCCAGCAGCAGGACCUGCAUCUUUCGACCGCCUCCGUCCGCGAGGCUCUCCAGUUCAGCGCCAUCCUCCGUCAGCCGGCUAGCACGCCUCGCGCCGAGAAGCUCGCUUACGUCGAGGAGGUCCUCAAGCUCCUCCAGAUGGACAAGUAUGCUGAUGCCAUCGUUGGCGAGCUCGGCGAGGGUCUCAACGUCGAGGAGCGCAAGAGGCUGUCGAUUGCCGUUGAGAUGGUCGCCAAGCCCGAGCUCCUCCUCUUCCUCGACGAGCCUUCGUCCGGCCUCGACUCGCAGACCGCCUGGUCCGUCCUUGACCUCCUCGAGACGCUCAAGCAAGCCGGUCAGGCGGUGCUCUGCACGAUUCACCAACCUUCCGCCCAGCUCUUCGACCGCUUCGACCGCCUGCUCUUCCUCGCUCGAGGCGGGAAGACGGUCUACUUCGGCGAAGUCGGCGAACAGUCGAGGAUUCUCAGGUCGUACUUCGAGCGCAACGGCUCGCCUCAGUUCCCGCCAGGCGUCAACCCGGCGGAGUACAUGCUCGAGGUCAUUGGCGCUGCUCCUGGCUCACACACCGAGAUCGACUGGCACCAAACGUGGCUCGACAGUCCCGAACGAGCCGAGGUCAAGAAGGAACUCGCGUACCUCAAAGCGAACCCGAAGCCCGCCGAAGCCAAGGACGACAAGUGGGCGAGCACAGAGUUUGCUGUGCCGCUCACGACGCAAUUCGUCGAGGUCCAGAAGCGCGUCUUCCAGCAGUACUGGCGGUCGCCCGUUUAUAUCUACUCGAAGACGGUCCUCUGCACGCUCGUACCCCUCUUUAUCUCGUUCUCAUUCUUUCGGGCCGGCACCUCGAUCCAGGGUCUGCAGAACCAGCUCUUUGCUGUUUUCCUCUUGUUCACCGUGUUCUACAUCAUGCCGCAGUUCGUCAAGCAGCGCGAAUCGUACGAGGUUCGCGAACGGCCGUCGAGGACGUACUCUUGGAUCGUUUUCAUGCUCACAAACAUUCUGAUCGAACUCGUCUGGAACACCCUGAUGGCCGUCAUCAUGUACUUCUGCCUCUACUACCCGGUCGGAUUCUACAACAACGCCGAACCCGGCAAACUUCACGAGCGCGGCGCUCUCUUCUUCCUCCUCGUCCUCGCCUUCAUGCUCUUCACCUCAACUUUCGCCCACUGGAUGAUCUCCUUCAAUGAAACGGCCGAGAACGGCGGCAACAUCGCGAAUCUCCUCUUCUCCCUCUCCCUCGUUUUCUGCGGCGUCCUCGCAACACCCGACGUCUUCCCCGGCUUCUACAUCUGGGUGUACUACGCAAGUCCGUUCAGGUACCUCGCCGAAGCACUCCUCGCGACGGGCGUUGGCGGCACUCGGGUCCAAUGCGCGACAUCCGAACUCCUCUCGUUCCCGCCGCCCGGCGGCUCGACUUGCGGCGACUACAUGGCGACGUACAUCCAGGCGGCUGGCGGCUACCUCGUCGACCCGAGCUCGACGUCACACUGCCAGUUCUGCUCGAUCAGCGACACCAACACUUUCCUGAAGACAUUCAACUACGACUACGACCACCGCUGGAGGGACUUUGGCAUCAUGUGGAUCUAUAUCGCUUUCAACGUUGCCGCUGCGAUUCUUUGCUACUGGCUCGCGAGGAUGCCGAAGAACCCCCGCAAGUCCAGGGCCGGGAAGAAGAGCAAGAAGGCCGACGAGAAGGACGUGCUCUCGCACGGCGACGCCAACGGCGCAAGCGAGAAGCAGGUCUCCACCAACACCAACUAG